CCGGCCGCGCUCCCUCCCGGCGCCCGGCUUCUCCCAGCCAACACCCUGCGGCUGCGGCGGCCACCGCCCGGCAGCACCAUGGCAGAUCAGGCCUUUGUGACACUGACCACAAAUGAUUCCUACGCGAAAGGAGCCCUGGUCCUAGGCUCAUCUCUGAAACAGCACAAGACCACCAGGAGGCUGGUGGUGCUCACUACCCCACAGGUCUCAGACUCCAUGAGAAAAGUUUUAGAGACAGUCUUUGAUGAAGUCAUCAUGGUAGACGUUUUGGACAGUGGUGAUUCCGCUCAUCUAACCUUAAUGAAGAGGCCUGAGUUGGGAGUUACGUUAACUAAACUCCACUGCUGGUCACUUACACAGUAUUCAAAAUGUGUGUUCAUGGAUGCAGAUACCCUGGUCCUAGCAAAUAUUGAUGAUCUCUUUGAGAGAGAAGAAUUGUCAGCAGCACCAGACCCAGGGUGGCCUGACUGCUUCAAUUCCGGAGUCUUUGUUUAUCAGCCUUCGGUGGCAACAUACAAUCAGCUGUUGCACAUGGCUUCUGAGCAAGGUAGUUUUGAUGGUGGGGACCAGGGUUUACUGAACAUGUUUUUUAGCAGCUGGGCAACAACAGAUAUCAGAAAACACCUGCCAUUUAUUUAUAACCUAAGCAGCAUUUCUAUAUACUCCUACCUCCCAGCAUUUAAAGCGUUUGGUGCAAAUGCCAAAGUUGUGCAUUUCCUGGGACACAUCAAACCAUGGAAUUACACUUACGAUGCUAAAACAAAAAGUGUCAAAAGUGAGUCCCAUGAUCCCACCAUGAUUCACCCAGAGUUCCUCAGCCUGUGGUGGGACAUCUUCACCACCGACGUGCUGCCGGUGCUCCAGCAGUUUGGCCUGGUCAAAGACACCCAGUUGUCCCUGGACACGGAAGAUGUCUCAGGAGCCAUAUCACAUCUGUCCCUCGGGGAGAUCUCGGCUACAGCACAGCCUCUUGUAUCCUCAGAAGAACGGAAGGAGAGGUGGGAACAAGGCCAGGCUGAUUACAUGGGAGCAGAUUCCUUUGACAACAUCAAGAGGAAACUUGACACUUACCUCCAGUAGUAACACUGCCAUGUUUCCGUGGACACACACACACUUCACAGGCACUUUUUUCUGAUACUUAGUAUCUAGAGCUAGGUCUGUUACAGUCGCUAGAGGGUUUUACUAAAAGUCAUCAUGUAAGGGAUUUUUGUAGGACAACAGAUGAGAACUGGACAGAAGUUAUGAAGUGGCUGUGUUGUUAAACGGACAGUAUUCUGGUGGGUUUUUUUAACCCUAGGCUUAUUCAGCUAAUGUUUCAGAAAUUCUCAGUUAAGCCAAUUGCCAACUUAUGUGGUGAGGGAAACUCAAUCUUAAACUAUUGAGGUGGCUAUAUCAGCUCUUAAAAUGUGUUGAGCCAGGUGCCAAAUCAGUCUCUCUUCAGAUGAGACACAGUAUCUGUCUCAUGCCUGCGUGUUGUACCUUCACUAGACGUGCAUUUGAGAAUUGUCCAGGGGCUGCAGAGUGAUUGUAAUUCUGCUUUGAGGUGAAAACAGCCUGUAAUAACAUUGCUGAGUGAUUCAUAGACAUAUCAACAAAUGACAUUAACCCAUUUCUUUCCUAGUCUUAGUAUCUGAAGAUGUUCACCAAUUUUCCAUGUACAGUGAGGCAGCAUGCUAACAUGCUUUUGUUCAGUUCUGUAUAUCUGAAAACAGCAGUGUGUUCCUUGAUGGUACCUGCAGUGGCACCUUGUAUGAAAAAUAAAGACUUAUCACCA